CUUGAGACUAGGCUCGCUAUAUUAGAACAGGGAAAAGAAGAAAAAAGUAUUUCUACGGAAGAUGUUUUGCACUCCCCAGUAAAAUCUAACGAUACUCUCAAACAGAUAGUGCUACAAUGUGGUGAUACCCCGGCGGUCUUGCAAAAUAAGGAUGCUCCGACAUCUGAUGUAUCCAAUAAUGUUUCAAAUUCUGACGAAUAUCAGUCUCAAGUCUCCGAUUUAUCUUUGACUAUACCACCUAUAUGUGUAAAGUUUAAAUCAUCUGAAGAUAAAAGGAUUGAUAAUUUUCUGAAUGAAAAACGUAAUGAACAGAUUCGUAACGAAAUAAAAGAAAGGAAUCGGGAAAAGAAGCUAUUACAGAGUAAUGAAGCUUCCGCUUCUCAAGUCCAAAACUCAUAUUCGGAUAGCUCGCCAAAAUCUCAUGAUGAAUUACACGUCAAACAAAUUUCGGAAUCGCAAUCUAUUCCUAACACUCCUAAUUUACCUGAAGAAUCCUCAGAACAAAAUACGGACUUACAGAAAACAAAAAUCCCUGAAAUAGUCAUACAGCCUUUGAUAGAAGAAUUAAGAAUAGAACCUUUAGUGGAAGAUAUCGUUAAAGUUAAUGUAGAUAAAAAUUCUACAGAUAAACUAUCACUCGCAAUCGAAUUGGUUCAUCUAUUUGAAAAAAUAAGCUUGGCAGAAAAUAAUACUAAACGAGCCAAGGUGAAAGAAAUUACGAGCUGGUACCAAUAUAGAAAGCAUUUCGAAAAAAGACUUGAUGAUAUCUUAUCCGAAAACCAAAGAAAUGAUAAGAGAGCCUAUGAUUUAGCAAAUAAAAUUUGUUUAAGCUUAUAUAGAGCAUAUACAGAAGAGACUGGACUCAAUCCCUGGAUAAAGUCUGAAACUCCCGAAUCCCCACAAAUUGAAAAGACCAAUAAUCACCUUUCACAGGACUGUAUUAUCAAAAUUUCCAAGUUUCCAGAAGAGAAAGGUAUAAUCCAUGAUGCAUUACAUAAACAUUUCCCUUUCUUGUCCUACACUAAAUCAAAUGCAUGGUACCGAGAUAUUUUUAAAUAUACCAAUUCAGAAGCUAAAUGUCCGAUAUGUGAUGAAGUACACACAUGUUUAGGUAUGUGGAGUGACUGGAGCUGUCUAAGUACAAAUGAUCACUAUUUUCUUAAUUGCCCUUUUCGUAUCGAUCAGAAGAAAGUUAUAAUUGCUAUACAGAGCUUACCGAAAAGUGUGUUGAACAAAUCUCGAGAAACAGAACCUCGUUCACCAACUCAUCCAAACAAAAAUUGCUUUUAUCAGUAUGCCAUCGAAUAUGGAAUAGAUCUCAAGAAAUUUUCGGUUAUUACAGAGGCUAAGAAAAAAAGGUGGAGCAUAGGAUGCUUCCGUGAUGAUUUGGAAAGAGAUAUAUGA